CUUUUAAUCAUGUUAUAUUCCAAAUAGCUUUUGGAUGGAUUGGACAGCUUGAAGAGAUGAAGAAAGAUAAGUGAGGCAAUAAGAGAAGGAUUCCCACCCCGCUCUGCUGGAGAUGCCCCACUUUCUUGCAUCCUGUGUCAAGAAUCGGCAUCUAAACAUAAAAGGAAGACGCAGGAAAUUUUUUUUGGAGGAGAAAAGAAGCUUUUACUUUGUUAUUACAGCUAAAUCUAAGGCAUCCCAUUUCUUGCCUGUGGUUUUUCUUCAACAUCUCUGCCGACUGACUUCCUUCCAUUUGCUUCUGAAAGAAAUGCAGAGAACUUAUGGUUUUCUUGUCUGCCUCUUGGUUAUUAUUAUGGAUGUUACGGCUGGAAUUCUUGGAAUUCAGGCUGAAAUAGCUCAAAACAAGGUGAACCAUUUGAAAAUGUGGAUUUUUGAGUGUAAAGACCCAAGCUAUAAUGCUUUUAAGCUAGGCUUGGCUGCAGCCAUACUGCUUGGCAUUGCUCACGCCAUUGCCAAUUUGAUUGGUGGGUGCAUUUAUGUUCGAUCUGCUGAAGAAUACAAAAGGUUAACUUCUACCAAGCAAAUUGCUGUGUGUUCACUCAUCUUUGCAUGGAUUGCGCUUGUGGUUGGAUUCUCAAUGCUUAUCUCGGGGGCAAUGUAUAACACAAGGUCGAGAGAAUCAUGCGGGGUUGCUCAUAAUCAUCUUCUGUCGAUUGGGGGGAUUGUGUGCUUCGUGCACGGCUUGUUUGCAGUUGCUUACUGUAUUUCUGCCACAGCAGGCAUCAGGGAUGAGAUGAAGCCGCCACAGCCACAGGGGAACCCUGCCGGAGCUACAGUCCACGUUUAGCUCUUUGAUAAACUUUACAUUGUGUUCCUUCUCAGUUCUUAAACCGUAAGAUUUAGUCAAAUUGACUGUUUUCAAUGUCUGCAUGUUGCUUCAAUUCGUAGCUAGAACCACUCCCAAAUUUGGGAACAGCUCUCUCCUUGAUAAUAUAAAAUCAUAUUCCUCUUGUUCC